AAAACCGCGCAAUUAAUUCCCAGAAACGCAGUGACUCUUGAAAUCGCGCCGGAUGCUAUUCUUCAGGGUGUUACGAAAGAACUGUUCGGCACAACCAGCAUCACAUUACUUCAGCGUAAUCACGAGGAUAACAUCAAAGUAUUUUUGCAAAGUUUGGGAAAAAUGUACAACAAUGGCUUGCAACCGCAAUUAGCAAAUCUAUAUCCGACCAUGAAAUUUCCUGUUAGUCGUUCCACGCCGAUGAUCUCGCCGUCAAUCAAAUGGGACCAUUCCGAGGACUGGUACGUAACAAGUCAUAAAAUGCAGACGAAACUCUCUAACGGAGAAAGGAUGGUUGAAGUUGCGCUAAAUGACGAAGAUUACGAAUAUAUGAGCGGUCAUGUGAUUGACGGAAGACAGUUAUUGCCGGCUACUGGAUAUCUCAUUCUAGUUUGGGAAACGAUGGGUAUGCUGAAAAGCCUAUCGUAUACAGAUAUGCCAAUUGUAUUUGAGAAUGUCAAGUUCAUUCGGGCAACGCACUUUCCGAAACAAGGACCCGUGUAUCUAAGAAUAAUGGUGCAGAAAGCAACUGGAAAGUUUGAAGUUAUCGAAGGAGAUAAUGCCGUUGUCACUGGCACUGUGCGUGAACCGACAGAUAUUGCCGAAGAAAAGUUACCGAGUCAACUGUUAAAUCAAGAGAAUGACAAUGAGGAGGAAGUAAUGAAGACAAAAGAUAUCUACAAGGAACUCAGAUUACGAGGAUAUCAAUACACCGGCAUGUUUCGAGGUCUGAAGAGUUCGUCGACUACGGGAAAACAAGGGCACAUAGCUUGGUUGUACAACUGGGUAACAUUUAUGGAUAAUAUGCUGCAAAUAAAAAUUCUCGCGAGAGACACGAGGAAUCUUCAUGUUCCCACGGGAAUACAAAAGUUGGUGAUCGAUACGAAAUUUCACAUACAGCAAGUACGGAACGCAGCAGCUAACGAUUAUCAGCUUCCUGUGCGUGUGUACAAAACCUUCGACGCGGUAGUAUCCGGCGGUGUAGAAAUUCGCGGAAUCAAGGCUACUUCCAUAUUUCGCCGAAAAACAGCGGGGGAGCCCGUUCUCGAAGAAUACAGAUUCAUAGCUCAUCGCGACGGAGCCGAGGUUUCUCUACAAGAAGCCGUGAUGCUGUCGACGCAUCUCGCUCUGGAGUAUCAUCAAGUGAUAAAAGUAAAUAUUAUCGAAUUGAUCGAAGAUGAUGACAAAGUAGAAACAAAUGAAAUAGCAUCGCCACUGUUUAUUGAUAUCUUGGGUGAUCUACCGUUGCUUCAACCAAACAUUACUCUGGUAACCAGAACCGAUCGCUUCGAUUGCGUUACUCUUCCUUCGAAAAUCACAGUCUCGCAAUCGAAGAAGUUGUCGAAUGACGAUAAGACAAUAUUAAUCAUAGGAUACGAUUUGUUCACGAAGAAUAAGAGCAAAACCUUAAAAGAAAUUUUGCCGGCGUUACAAAACAAUGGAUUCUUAUUGACACGAGAACAGUCCUUCACGAAAGAUGACAUUGCGACUGCCGAAAAGUACGAUUUAGCAGUAGUACUUGAGAAACGCUCGCAGAAAGAGCACUUUAUACUGUUAAAGAAGACAGAACAGUCGACGAGGAAAACUAAAGUUAUUCACGUGAACAAUUACGAGUUCUCUUGGUUAGAGCAGCUUAAAUCGAUCUUGAACGCGGAGAACGAGUCAAGAAACGCUGCAAAAAUAAUUUUAGUCAGCGAGAAAGAUUCGGAAUGCGGCUUGUUGGGCCUCGUCAAUUGCUUGAGAAGAGAACCAGGCGGCGAAUUGAUUAGAGGAGUGUUUAUUCAAGACGAAACUGCACCGGAGUUUUCUUUGCACGAGCCAUUAUACGCGGAGCAACUUCGGAUCGAUCUUAUUAUAAAUGUCUUGCGUCCGGGUAAAACAUGGGGUUCAUACAGACAUCUUCCGUUAGCGCCGCUGACACCGAAGCUCGUAUACCACGCAUUUGCCAAUCAAUUGGUGAGCGGUGAUUUGAGUUCAUUUCGCUGGAUUGAAGGUCCGAUUACCCCGGAUUAUAAGGAGAAUAAUCUCGUUCACAUAGCUUACUCGUCUAUCAAUUUCAAAGAUGUAAUGAUAGCGUCCGGCAAACUGGCGGGAGAUGUUUUCUACUUAACGCGCGGACGACUCGAGGAUUGUAUGGUGGGUAUGGAAUAUGUCGGCGUCGAUAAUACUGGACAAAGAGUGAUGGGAAUUUGGGAAAACAGAUCCAUAUCAAAUAUGUGCAUAUCCUACAAAGACAUGUGCUGGAACGUUCCCGAUGAGUGGAGCAUGGAGGACGCUGCAACGGUUCCAUGCGCUUACAGCACGUGCUGUUACGGAUUAUUCAAAGCGAAAAUGAAAAAGAGCGACACGAUACUCAUCCACUCCGGCACCGGUGCCGUGGGACAAGCUGCAAUUCAUCUUGCGCAUCACAAAGGUUGCGAGAUAUUCACCACCGUUGGCACUCCGGAAAAGCGAAAGUUUAUCAGAGACACGUUCCCGUUCAUCCCAGAGAAUCACAUUGGAAAUUCGCGCGACAACAGUUUCGAGCAAAUGAUACUUAAUCAGACCAACGGCCGUGGCGUGGACAUUGUAUUAAACUCACUCGCCGAAAAAAAACUCCAGACGUCCAUCCGUUGCCUCGCAAAAAGCGGGCGUUUUCUGGAAAUCGGCAAAUUCGAUUUUAUGGCCAAUAAUUUAUUGAACCUGUCAAUCCUUUCGAAAGGAAUUAAAUUUUACAGCGUUAUGUUGGAUAAUAUAUUCUUAGCUCCGGAGAAAAUGAAAGCAAAUUUCAAUAGGAUAGUGACCGCAAAUCUCGUGAAUAAAGCUAUUCAACCGAUUGCCAGGAAGAUUUUCAAAAAAGACGAAGUAGAAGCUGCAUUCAGAUACAUGGCAGCUGGAAAGCAUAUAGGAAAGAUAAUCAUAAAAAUGCACAAAGAAAAUGAAUCUAUGAGCGCACCCAUUCUUGCACUUCCACGUUAUUACUGUCUAUCAAACAAAUCGUACAUCAUCUUAGGCGGGUUGGGUGGCUUCGGCUUAGAAUUAGCCGACUGGCUGGUUGUUCGUGGCGCUCAGAAUCUGGUGUUCAUCUCGCGCGCCGGAGUAAAAAACGGAUAUCAACAAAUGAAAAUCGAUCUAUGGAAAUCUUACGGAGUGAAAGUGCUAAUCAUAUCGAACGUCGACGUAUCGGACGUCAAAGAUUGCGAAUAUAUGCUAAAAUCGGCGGAAAAACUGGCGCCGGUGGACGCUAUAUUCAACCUGGCAGUAAUAUUGAAUGAUAAAAUUUGUCCGAAUCAAACUGUAGAAACGUUCCAAGAGCCCUUCAAAGCGAAAGCUUGGGCCACAAAAAACUUGGAUCAUUUGACCAGAAAAAUAUGUCCUCAGCUUCGUCACUUUGUUGUGUUCUCUUCGGUAUCUUGCGGCAGAGGAAAUGCCGGACAGACCAAUUACGGCAUGGCAAAUUCUAUCAUGGAAAGAAUUUGCGAGAGAAGAGUGCAAGAGGGUCUGCACGGACUAGCGAUUCAAUGGGGUGCGGUCGGCGAUGUCGGCCUCGUGGCUGAUAUGAGCAACGACAAAGAAUGGUUAAUCGGCGGCACUUUGCAGCAAAAGAUAACUUCCUGCAUCUCGAAACUCGAGGACUUU